CAUUUUUCUGAACCAAUAGCAACGCCAUUGCUGGGUCACGCAGCCUGAUGACAGCAGCAUGCCCCAGCGCGGGGAGCCCCAGCUGUAAAGUACGAUAAUGUCAGAAUAACAAACCACACUGAUUCUAGGUGCAAUAUCUCACCGUUUGUCUCGGACCCAGUUGCUGGGGCACGGGCACGCAAUGGGGCGCCAGCCAGGCGGAUGGCAGACGCGGCAAUGUCCGCUACCUUAUUGUGUCGGCCUAGACUAGUGGGGUGAUGGACAUCUGGUCCAGUAAUUUGCCUAUCCUUGUCUACCCUCGUCUGUCCAUCCAUCCUUGUCUGGCCUCUCGUCCAUCAUCCAUCCAUCCCUUUCGCCCUUCCCUCAACAAUGCUCCAGCCCCCCCUCGAGACCGUCAACCUCGGGCCCCUCACCGUCCCUCGCAUCUGGAUCGGGCUCUGGCAAUUGUCAUCUCCUGCAUGGGGCACUGCCCCUGUGUCCAGAGUCAAGUCGGAGAUGAACCAGCACUAUCUUCAUGGAUUCACGACUUUUGAUAUGGCCGACCACUAUGGCUCUGCAGAGUUAAUCUUUGGCCAAUUUCGUCGAGCCUUAUUGUCAGCGGAUAACAAUAUCUUCGGUGAGGAUGAAAUAACCUUUCGGCGAAGCAGACGACUGCCAUUACAUCCACCACUCUGCGCUACAAAAUGGUGCAUAUUCAUGGAAUCUCACAUCCCAUACACCCGUUCCCGAGUAGAGGACGCUGUGCGUGAACGUAUGCGCAGAACCAUGGGGGACACGAUUGACAUACUUCAAGUACACUGGCAACAUUACGACAACUCCGACUAUGUCAAUGUGUUCCGAUACCUGGUUGAUAUUAAACGUGAUGGCGAGCUCAAGGUCAGGGCUUUAGGCCUCGUCAACUUUGACUCUCAACAUGUCAACGAAAUCUGCGAAACUAUCGGUCCCGGUGAACUUCUUACUAAUCAAGUGCAGUUCUCUUUAAUCGAUGUCCGGCCACUCUAUGACAUGGCCGCUGUAUGUAAAAAACAUGGCGUUAAGCUCCUGACAUAUGGCACAUUGUGCGGUGGAUUCCUUUCUGAUCCCUGGUUAGGGAAGCCUCAACCAGACCCAUAUAAGGAUAAAAUAACGCCUUCUCAGCGGAAGUAUCUCGACGUCAUCACCGAUGGAUGGGGAACAUGGGAUCUCUUUCAAGCUUUGCUCACAAGCCUUCGAAUGAUUGCAGAUCGCCAUGGGGGCCUGAGUAUUGCGAACGUAGCUACUCGUUGGGUGCUGGAUCAUCCUUUUGUAGGAGCUGUUAUUGUUGGUGCCCGACUUGGAGUAGCCCAGCAUCGUGAAGACAAUGCCCGGACCAUCAUGACUAGUUUCCAUCUAACGGCUGAAGACAAUCAAAUCAUCUCAAACGUCUUAGCACGGUCCAAUGGCCUGAGGCUCAUCCACACGAUGGGAGAUUGCGGUGCAGAGUACCGUUAAAGCCAGACUCGUACCAGAGUUAAUCAAUGUCGCCUUGACUGAAGU